UGCAUAUAUGGGACCCAUAUGGGCUAUAUCUAGGCAAGCCCAUAUGGAUAUGCCCAUAUUGGACCUAUAUGGGACCAAUAUGGGCAAGUCCAUUUGGGUACGCCCAUAUUGGACCCAUAUGGGUCCCAUAUUACAGCACUAUAAGGAAAAACGAUUUUUCGUUUAUUUAUUUCUUUAGAACUUGUUUACUUUGAGCUAUAGUGUGACCACCUUGGCAUAAAUUGCUAUUAUCUUUAAUAAAAAUCGUAGCAUUAACAUAUAUACAAGCCAUGAGGGACCCAUAUGGGUCCCAUUCGGGCAACCCAAUAAAUAUUAGCAUGCCUGAGCAAUUGCGAGAAAUUAAUUUGUUUAGUUUUUAUAUUGGUUUUAAUUUUUAUAAUCUAAAUAUAAAAAUGUGUUUUUAGACUAUUAAUUCAGAAAUUAUUUAUAAAAAUCAGCAUUUGAUGAAAAAUUUAUUUCGAGCAUGCGCAGACGUGAUUUCCGCUGCCGCUUAAAAUCAAAUUGUGUAUUGAAACGUUAAAUUGUAAAAUUGUACACGAAAACAAUAUUUCAUUUCAAUUCGGAACAUUAAACGACGAUUUCGUAUAACGACCUUUCAUAUUAUAUCCUUACAGAUUUAUUGUGUGUGUAGGUAAGUGUAAACGUCAUUUAUUUUUUGUUUCUGCCUUUGCCAUGUAAUUUCGCGAUAGUUUUUGUCAGUUUAAUUUGCGACAUUUUCUAGAAUUUACGCCCACUAUAAGCCACUUUAGCUGACCUAUGGAUGUGUAUAGUUGUUAUUGUUGAAUAACUUAGCUGUGACGGAGUCGACACUAACAUUUUAAUAAUAUUGUUUCUAUCUAGACUAAAUUUUAAGAGAUCCUUUUUUAAAGGGACACCAUCAUUUGAAAUCCAGUGACCCCUCCUAGCCUUAGAAGUCCCUUCCAUUUUGUACCAAUAUUUCAUUCAUAAGCAUUUUAAAAUAUUUAAAUGCAAAUACUUAUUAUUACAAAUUCAAGUAUUUUUUCCAAGUACCAACCAAGCCCUAUAUGUUGCACAGGCACGAGUAUCGGACCUGGGAAGAAAAAAUAUGACCCGAAAGAUAAUUAAACCUGUGUUCAUCUUUAAAAAGUCAAAAACCGAAAAAAAUUGUAAAUUAUACCCCCCUUUAAAAACAUACUACUUUAAGUUAAGAGAAGGCCAGAAACUCCAGAUUCGAGCCUGCAAGCAAGGGAUUCACUUCCCGGGCCAUGGUGAAAACAAUUGUCCAGACAAUUGAAAAAAUCUUUUGCGGCACAACAAUUCGGUACGUAAACAUAGACUAGUACAUGUUUGCCAGCCGAUUACGGGUCAUAAUCAUAUUGUUACUUGGCGCAAUAACUCACUUAAUGUAUAUGUAUUUUAUAAUUACUUAUUAAUGUAUUUUCAUUUUCUUGUAAAUAGGCCAUCAAAAAGGCUGUAUGAAUCGGAUAGUGGCACUGAUGAGAAUGAGACAGACACAGAGAGUAGGCCACCACAAGUUAUUGACCAAGCAACAAUGCCCAAAGUCACAAGCCUACUUUCAUCUCCGCCUCGCUUAUCUGCACAGGCAUUGCGAGAGGCCAGCAGUGAUGUACAAAGUGCUUCUCCAAUACAAGGUGCUUCUGAUACACCCUUCUGUGGGCAGAUUAUUGGGCCCACUGCUGUUACACAGAUUCUCCGAGUCUUGGAGACAAUGCGAGAGAAGAAUCGUGAAAUUAAGAGGCUGGUGCAACGAAUGCUGUUAAGGUCAGCAGCAGAUGACCAACCGCUGCAACUUCCGAAAUAUAUCUCAUUCCCUAUUCGUUAUCCUGAGCAGAUGGAAGCAUUCGAUAAGCUUCUGGGAGAUCAGACAAUGCUCUCAUCUGUGGUGCGGUUCCUCUCAAUGUUUGGUAUGGCAGAUGUACGGGAAACUGUUGACCGCUUGAUGAAAGAAACCAUGUCAAAUGAACUGGCAAGACUGUACAAUAUGAAGUGGCUGAAGGGGUAGAAAAAGUUUGUGGGCCUCUAGAUACUGAAUGUAUUGUAUAAAUGUGUCCAAAGGAACUUGCCGACAAAGGCUGCAACGAGGAAGGAUGUUGAAAUAGAGGUUUCAAAGUGGCUGGCUGGGGCGCGG